ACCAUAGGCUUUGAAUUCUUGAACAGAAAGAGGACCUCAUCUGACUUGGAUAGAUAAUCAACACUUAAUAUUCAUCAUAUCACCUCAAACAACACUACCUUAAACCCCCCAAACGCUUUAGAGUUUGUCGGUUCUAACAAUUGAUUGAACAAGUGUCUGUGCACGAACUUCUAUGCGGUUGGAUUUAAUCAAGAAAUCGGAAGCAACGACUGUUGUGUUUUGAAGAAAUUGGCUAGUUUGGUUUUUGUAAUAAUGAAAAAAGAAUCUACACGGAUAGAUUUCCGGCUUUUAGGGGCGUUUGGUUCGUUGAAAUUCAAUGGAAUUGGAAUCCGAGUUUCGUUCUUGACGAGUUGUGGUUGGUAGAGUUUGUUGGAAUUUGAAUACGAGUUUUGUUUCGUGGAUAACAUGUUUGGUUGUGGAAUGAAUGGAAUCGCAAUAAGUUCCCCAAAUUCCCGCGUGCAAUGUACACUUGUAAGCAGACAACCGUGAGAAGCACAUAAACACUUGUACUUAUUGCUUUGACUGUGAUACACAAGGCGGUGUUGUACUUACAAAUGGUUUAAGUACGAGUUGUGCCCGUAUGGCUUCAACACAGUUUUCAUGGUAUUUCGGAACCGAUUUUUGUCACCACUAAUACUACUUUUGAGAGAGGUUGAUUUUACAUAAUCAUUUUGAAUAAUGGAACCUUCAAAAGGCUACAACCAUGUCCAAUAUCGCCACGCCGUUCAAUCCGACAACAGUGAGUCCGCAUCGUCUUCAUCUCAGGGUUUCUUAAAUCCCACCAAUGUACGACCAACCGAGAUGAAACCUGCGCUAAAUUAUUCCAUCCAGACAGGUGAAGAAUUUUCUCUCGAGUUUAUGUGGGACCGCGUGAAUCCUAGAACGCCCUUCGUUCCAUACUCCGCAGGCGAUCCUAGCCAUACACCUGGCUACUUCGAACCAAAAGGCGCGUUAGGCGUCUAUGGCUCUGGAACCGGCUCUCAAAUUCCCAUGGUCAACAUUGUCCAAAGAGGGUCAAAUCGGUCAAUUGAUAAUUCUUUAUCUAUGUCAUCAAUAACCCGAGAUAAUAGUAGUCGCGCAUUGGAUAAUUCUUUAUCCAAAAUCAAGAUUUUAUGCAGUUUUGGCGGGAAAAUCUUACCGCGUCCACGUGACGGGAAACUUAGAUACGUUGGCGGAGAUACACGAAUUAUUCGUGUAAAACGGGAUAUUUCUUGGCAAGAAUUAUGGCACAAAGCGAUAGAACUUUAUCGUGAAACGUCUUCGAUCAAAUACCAGCUUCCGGGGGAGGAUCUUGAUGCGUUGGUAUCGGUUUCGUGUGAUGAAGAUUUACAGAAUAUGAUGGAGGAGUGUAACGUUCUUGGUAACGGUGACGCCUCGAAGAAGCUUAGAAUGUUCUUAUUUUCUAUUAGUGAUUUAGACGAUACUCAAUUUGGUUUGGUCAACUCUGGUGCGGAUUCAGAGGUUCAGUUUGUGGUUGCGGUCAACGGUUUGGACCUGGGUUCGAGACGGGAGUCAAGUUUUCAUGGUCUCGGGAUCACGUCACUAAAUAAUUCGAACCAGCUCGAUGUGCCCAAUGUUGACAUUGACAUAAGUAAAGCAACCGACAAACUUCCUGUUGAAAAUGAAAAUUCUGUUCAAUUGAACUCUGAAGGGCAGAAAUGUAAUAACACCACGGACGUGAAAAAUCACGAGUUACCGGUAAAGAAUCCAAGUCAGCAAGAGGUUGAAGACGGUAAUGUUAAAUCUUUAAAAAGUGAAGCGGAUGAUGCUGCCAGCAUGGAAAAAGCUUCUAAAAAUAUUGAAAAUAAUAAUUCUUAUGCUGAUAACGAUGGAUCAGGGUCGGAUCUCAUUGAUUUGAGCUACCUUGAGCCGCCUGUGGCCCCACCACGGGUUUAUCAUUCCGAAAGAAUUCCACGCGGGCAGGUUGAAAUGAACAGGCUAACAAAGUCCGAUGAUUCUUCUCAGUUCAUUUUAACUCAUUCGCGUUCUGAUAUGGGCCCGCAAAAUUCAAUUUCCGAAGAUAUUCCUUCUCAAAACGAUCUCCGUCCCAUCUCAACUUUUGAUAAACCAGCGGAAACUAGUGAUUUUACUGCUAAUGAGCAAGGAGACAUAAUAAUUGAUGUUAAUGAUCGGUUUCCGCGUGAUUUUUUGUCUGGUAUAUUUACACGAGCGCAAAUGUCUGAAGAUUUACAUAGUACGGGUGUCUUACCGCAAGAUGGAGCGGGGCUGAGCAUGAACAUACCGAAUCAUGAACCGCAACAUUGGUCUUUUUUCCAGAAAUUGGCGAGAGGAGACGAGUUCCCACAAAAAGACGUUUCUCUUAUCGAUCAAGAUCAGCGUGCGUUUUCAUCUAAAGUUGAAGAAGAUGAUAGAAGCCAGUUAGAUUCCGAAAAUGCACGUGUUGUUGACGUUGAAGAAAUAGACGCACCUCAAUCACAACAUGAUCCAUCACAGGUUAAAGUCAGUGAAAGCAUGCAGUUUGUUGAUAUGGUGGAAAACAUUAGGAAGCCAAACUCAGAGCAUGAGGUUGAUACUGGGAAUGUUGGGCUGCCUUCUCUUGAUAAUCUUGAUAUUAGUCCUUUGCAGAUCAUAAGAAACGAUGAUCUUGAAGAGUUAAAGGAGCUCGGUUCUGGUACAUUCGGGACAGUAUACCAUGGAAAAUGGAGGGGAACUGAUGUGGCAAUUAAGCGUAUAAAAAAGAGUUGUUUUGCGGGUCGAUCAUCUGAGCAAGAGAGAUUGACAAACGAGUUUUGGAGAGAAGCUGAUAUUCUCUCAAAGCUUCAUCAUCCAAAUGUUGUGGCGUUUUAUGGUGUAGUACGAGAUGGACCUGGUGGGACAUUAGCUACUGUCACUGAGUUCAUGGUUGAUGGUUCACUAAGGCGUGUUUUACUUCGCAAAGAUAGGCAUUUGGAUCAUCGUAAGAAACUUAUAAUUGCAAUGGAUGCAGCCUUUGGGAUGGAAUAUUUACAUUCUAAGAACAUUGUGCAUUUUGAUAUCAAAUGUGACAAUUUAUUGGUCAAUAUGAAGGAUCCUUCACGUCCUAUUUGCAAGGUCGGUGAUUUUGGGCUAUCAAAGAUCAAACGAAACACUUUAGUUUCAGGUGGCGUUCGAGGAACUUUGCCCUGGAUGGCCCCUGAGCUACUUAAUGGCAGCAGUAAUAAAGUUUCCGAAAAGGUUGAUGUGUUCUCUUUUGGAAUUGUGUUAUGGGAAAUCCUGACUGGUGAGGAGCCAUAUGCAAAUAUGCACUAUGGUGCCAUUAUAGGAGGCAUUGUUAACAACACUUUGAGACCCCCGAUUCCGAAGGACUGUGAUGGUGAAUGGAGAAGGCUGAUGGAGCAAUGUUGGGCACCAAACCCUAUGCUUAGGCCAUCUUUCACUGAAAUUACAGGCCGGUUACGUGUUAUGUCACAUGCCAAACCCAAGGGGGCCGUGGCCGCAAGGCAUCUUAUUAGCUAAAAUCACAAGUACAUGGUAGAUGUAAAAUUUUGGCACAAGGGAAAAUCAAACAUGUGAUAGAAGAUAUUUCAAUUAAUACCUGUUUUUUAGAUUUGUGUAAUGGUGAAAAACUGUUGCAUGAUGGCAUACAUGUGAAGAUGAUUUUGUUUGUUUGGUGUAUGUAUAUAUGGAGAGGGGUUUUUUGUGUUU